UGCUACAUCCUUCUACAGAACAUCUUCUUUCGGUAUGGACUGAAACACAACCUGCACUUCGCUCUGCCCCUCGUUGGCAACUAUUUCGGAGGAGGGUUGCGGCCCUUCAAUGCUGACAUGCUCAAGGCUUCUCCCUGGAACAAACUCGGUGUUAAUAUCAUGGCUGUUCAUAUGAAGUGGGAUCAUCAACAGGUGAAGAAGGUGAUGCCCCUCGACACGGCCUUCGUCAGUAUAGUCAGGGAUCCUAUAGAGCUGUUCGAGUCCCUCUAUACUUACGUCAAGAUGGACAAGGCAUACCACAUGACGGUAGAGGAGUUCGCCCUGAAUGUAUCCAUUGAUGCUCCCAGACACCUGGGAUACAUUGGUUAUAACCAGAUGGUGUGGGACUUUGGCAUUCCAGACCAGAAGCAAAUAUAUAAUCUCACUCAUGUCAGUCAGCUGGUGAGGGAGGCGGAGGAGAAGUUUGACCUGGUGAUGGUGGCGGAAAGGAUGGAGGAGUCCCAGGUCCUUCUCAGUCACCUUCUCUGCUGGGACCUGAGGGAUGUCAUUGUUCUCAAACUCAAUGCUAGAUCCUCCAAGUUCAAGAAGGCCAUGAGUGAAGAGUCACAGAAGGUACUCCGUGAUAAGCUCGCCCCGGAUUACCUGCUCUAUAGGACCUUUGUCAAGAGACUGGACGAGUUAGUGGAGGACUUUGGGAGGAAGCGCAUGGCCCGUGAGAUAACCAGGCUAAGGGCACUAACUAAGCAGCUGAUGGACACGUGUGAGUUUACGAAGGUGUCGUCUAAUCUGAUGACGGGAGCUAAUAAACCCUGGUCCAGCAUGGUGGAUGGAUACAAACCAAGUGCAGGCAGCAGCAAAUGUCAGCAAUUUUCAAGGUCAGAACUUUCCUUUAUAAAUUUCCUUCGUGGUCUGCAGAGAAGUGAGGUGUCCCGUAGAUUUGGUUUACCGGACAGUCUUGGCCUUGAUGCACUUCCCCUUGGACCACAACUCUUCGAGAACCCAGCCAGCCUUACCAAUCGAAUAAAUGCAUUGAAGAAAAUGUUGGUGUAUAAAGAAAACGCAGCGAAAGAGAGUGGCGUGUCAGGGCCCAGUACAAUAGCUACAGUGGAGACAGCUGCAUUAGGGGAAAAGUAAAAGAAAAAACGAAAUAUGAAGUGGAAAUGACUGGUAGGCAAGGGUGAGACCAAUCUCUCUAGUAUUGUAUUGUAAAUGUCCAAGUGUAGUUAAGUAAAGUAAUAUCUCGUUAGCCAGAAUCCACGUGAGCAGGAAUUCUCCAAUACCCGGAAUUUAAAUUUAAGAUUUCCAGAAACUCCCCAAAUAUUUUUUUCCAGGUCUAGUAGCAAAUUCCGAGGGUGAAGUAAUGUGUCGUUCUGGAAAAUCCCGAGAAAAUUUCAGAAACUCCAAUUUUUGUUCCGUGUCUGGGAGCAAAUUCCAAAGAUGAAAUAUUACGCGUUUCCAUAAAACUCCAAGAAUAUCUUCCCAAGACUCGGAAAAUCUCGGGGAUGUGGAAUUCUUCUGGGUAUGAGAGUCAUCUUGUUACCGGGAAAUCUUUCAUCCCUGGAAGAGCUCUGCACCAAUUACUAUGGCUGACGGGGACAUCACUAUACCAAGAGGGGCAGAGUUUACUAACUUUAUCUCCUGACAAAUGCUUGAGUCUGAAGGUGAUCAACUAAAAGAAAAGAGAUAUGGGAAUAGUAGACAGUACAGUAGUGGGAAUAUAUUGACGAAAUCCUAUGGUUUGUGUGUGUGUGUGUGUGUGUGUGUGUGUGUGUGUGUGUUGAUAUUCACCUUUACUAUCUGUAUGUCAUAGUUUUUUCUAACUAACCAUCAGGAUUGGUAUAAUUUCUGUUCAUAUUUUUGUUAUUUUGUUGUCAUCAGUCUUGUCUUAGAUUUUCUUCAUCUUAACUAACAUUUUAGCUUUUGUUUGCUGUAAUAUUGAUCUCACUUCCUGUAGUUGAGAGCUCACUAAGAUCUUAUAAAAGCUAGGAUUGGUCAGAGAAAAGAGAAGACUGCACUACUGUAUACCAAUUCUCAGUGAUUUGUAAGGUAAUUUUCCCUUACUGCUGUUGUGAGAAUGCAUUAACUACCUCACCUAAACUACAAUGCAAAGAUGGAUUUUCAAAGACACUGUAUGUACAUGUUAUCCUUUCCUAAGGUUAUAUUUUGUAACAUCUACAGCUGCUACAACAACUACUUGUGUAGGUUUGUGACAUCUUUUAGCGAACUGUGUAUCAUUUGGUUUUCUUAAACGAGGCGGAGGGGGGUUACAUAGGCGGGUUAGCCCAUACUAUAAACAACGGCAGAUGUUACGACCCACAAUGAGGAUACUUCUAACUUUCUCUCGUACUGUACAACACCAAGAUGAUGAGAACCAGUGUCAAAUUUGUUCCUGUGUAUCUGUUGUAAUGAAAUGUGUUAUGUUAUACCCAGACAGGCUCCCCGCUGAGCUGAAUAAAAUCAUCUGACGUUAACCUAAUGAAACAUUAAAAGUGGCGUCCCCAUUGUGAAGGGGUUAAGAAUCCAUGGUCUUUUAGGGGAUGUGUUAGGAGUUCCCUUAAGUGUAAGGCCCUUUAACAAUGAACCUCAUCCUCGUGGUUUGGUUAGGUUAGGUUUGAGCACUACCUAAGCAUUUUGAGUUGCAUCAUCCAGCUAUAUGAACACCAAACCUGACUAACUCGGAGAAAUGGGUGAGAAGCCAACACCUACAUGACUCAAGAACAGGUCAUGAUGUAUUUUAUAAGAAAGAAAAGCUUAUGUAUGUAGAAUCUAUUAGUUUAGUACUGUAGUAGAUAUAGAAUUUAUUUCAUAUGUUUAGAAUUGUUGAUUAUUGUUAUACUGUAGUGUAGUGUUGAUGUAGAUUUUGUUUAUUUUCACAAAUAGGAAAGAUGGAAAUCAAUUUUUUAAACUACCGGUACAGUAUAUACUUACUGUAUAUGGGGAGUGUAUCUCACUGUUGAUUGGCUGUGUGAUCAAUGUUGUGAUAAAUUUUAUUGUCUGUGAUAUUGUGUCUGGCCGGGUAUGGUUUACAUGUCAUAAAUAAAAUGUGUGUUUGUUCUGUG